AUGACAACGACGAACUGCUUGAGAAGGGCAUUCAGCACCACGGGAAGAAGGUUCACGUCAGAUGGUUCGAAAUGCUUGAAAUUUACACCGAACAAGCCGUCUGCGACGACUCUACGUCAUCUCAACUUCACCAAACCACUUUCCUAUACCAAGGGCCAAUUGAUCCAAGAACAGUUCAAAGAGGCCAACGUUGAGUUUAAGAAGAUGAUGCGCAAGAUUGGAGCCAAGAAGCGUGAGAUGGACUCGAAAAAUCUAGUCAUGAAUGACUACGAAGCUGAGCUGUUGACGAAUAUCGUGUCUAUGAAGCCGAGUCCUACUCUUUUAUCUUUCCAGUUCGAGCCUGUGUUGACAGGUGGACGCCGUGAAAAGAACAGACUGACUUCUGAUGAUAUAUCCAAGCUUGAGAGCAUGGGAUAUGACUUUGUUCAGACAAACAGGGGCGGUGAGAUCACAUUCCACAACAAUGGUCAAUUGGUUGUGUAUCCGAUAUUUGAUCUCCAAGACUUUGACCAUUUGACCAUUAGAUGCUUUGUAUCGAAACUUGAGGAUGCCAUUAUUGAAACCUUGAAGAAGUUUGGAGUCCACGGUAAAAAGACUUCGAACACCGGUGUCUGGGUUGAUGAUGCGACCAAGAUCUCAAGCAUUGGACUGAGUGUGAGCAGAAGCGUGACGUCCCAUGGAGUCUCAAUAAACGUCUGUAAUGAGAUACCACAAUUGGAACAAACCACUGGGUUUGUAUUCUGUGGGUUGCCAGGGAAGACUCAAACCUCCAUGUCUUUACAAUUGGGCGAAGAUGUCAAGGUUGAUGACGUUUCAAAGGAGUUCGCCAGACAAUUGGCCAAACAGUUGAACAUACAGACCAUUGAAUCUAUAGACCUGGAAGAUUUAGAAGUUGACUAA